AUGAUAAAUAUUUCAUGCUCGAUACCUGGACACUCAUCAAAUAUAGAGAUUGUAUGUACCAACUAAUUUUGUAAAGAGUUCAGAUUAUCCUGUUUUGAUUGCCUUAAAAAUGGUAGGCAUUUAUCUCAUAUUAACGAUUAAAUAAAAUUAGUUGACUUACCAAAUUUUUUUAAAUUGUCAAACUAAAAAUGUAAAGCCCUUCUGAAUAAUCUUGAAUAAAAAAAGAAUGCUAUAAUUAAUCAAUUUAAUGUGUUAUUAGAGGGGUUUUAAACAAAAUAUUUAAUUCCCCUAGAAAAUAUUUUUUAAAUAGAAGGACAUAAACUGAACAAUCUUGUUGAGAAUUUACUUGAUUUUAAUUAAUCUAUUGAACAAAUAGAUAAUUCUAUUUCUGAGUCUACCUAAGUAUUUAUAAAAACUUUAGAAAACUCUCUUCAAAAUUAAUAUCUACAAUCUUUUAUAAUAAGAAAAAGUGAAGAUGAUCAAAGAGAAGAACUUUAUAAAUUAGGUAUAAAAAUUUUUUAGUUAGUUAAACAAUUAAUGUCUAAUGAACAGUAUCAAAUUGCAUUAGAAUUUCUGGAAUAAUCAAUAGUAAACAAUCAAGAAACAUUAUUAUUAAAAGGUAUUGCAAACCCUAAUUAUUUAGCUGAUUGUUUAAGAGAAAUGGGUGAAUAUAAAAAAUCUAUGAAGCAUUAUGAUUUAGUAUUGGAUAUAGAUAGUUUUAAUGUAUAAUCUUAUUGGGGAUUAGGUAAAGUUUAUUAAAUUUUUAGGAGAGUGUCUAAGGUAACAAGAACAUUAUGAAAAAGCAAUAGAAUUUUAUAGUUAAUCAUUGAUAAUUAAUCCAAAUCAUGUUGACUCUCUUUCUUCUAAAGGUAAAAAAAUAAUUUUAUUAUUAGGAUUUUGCUUAGCAAAAAUGAAAAAUUACUCUGAAGGUUUGGCUUUGAUAGAAAGAGCAUUAAAAACUGAUAAAAAUCAUCUGAAUUCAAUUAAUAGAAAAGGUAAUUUAAAUAUAAAAUUUAGGACACUGCCUAUAUCAUCUUGAUAUGAUAAAAGAAGCUGAAUUAUGGUUUGAUAAAGCAUUAAAAAUAGAUAAAAACAAUACAUUUGCAUUACAUUACAAAAAUAUUAUUCAAUAAAAAUGA